CGCGCUAUUUCCACAAGCCUGCUGUUGACUCCGAGAUUAGAUUCGGAUUGAUAUCAUAUCUAGAACUAUGUAGUAGUGUGUUUUCAUCUGUUGAAUAAAUCAGUGUUAGAAAAACUGUUUUGUAUUCAAUAUGCUAGAGUGUUAAUUGGGUAGAAUGGCAACCGUGAAUAGGGUCUAUAUCCUAAUAGCUUUUAUUUUGUCUGCAAUUGCUUCGAUUUUCAAUUUUGUGAGCAUUGGAACAGAAGAAUGGAUAACUGGAAGUAGUGUGUGGCUGAACGGAACUGGCGAUGUCAAUUACGUGCACUAUGGAUUAUUUCAGGGCACAUAUAAACGAAUAGUGCCCUUUUCCACUACCUACCAGUUGACGAUGACCUGCAGUUUCAAAAACAACAUAUGCGCUCUACUUUGCGAGCUGGAUGCAGAAGAGCGCGAGGCCAUACUAGACAGUUUAAUCAGCAACACUUACGACCCUAAUUAUGCCUAUGCAAAUUGUGCAGGAAUUUCCAAGUUCACUUCCGGUCUCAGGUCAUUUGAAUCGACGCCAGUUCGAGCAAACUCCGACACUUAUGUCACAUCCAAGAGCUUCAUCAAUGCGGGCGUCUGGUUGAGUACGCUUCUGUUUGUAGUUUUGGCUGCCUUGCUCGGACUGUGGACUUCAGUGCUGGCUUUAAUCAACACCGUUCACAAUCCCUAUCAAUAUUUCCUCAGUGUUCAAAGCCUGUUUGUCUACAAUGGGAUCGCUUUCGUCUUUACUCUGCUGAGCAUGGUCCUAUGGGGAACCAUGUACAACCUACUCACUUUCCACAACGUGAGCAUAUAUGACACUAUCGUAGGAAGCAUGAGUUCGGAUAAAACUGCAUAUCUGGGAUACUCCUAUUGGAUGGGAAUCACCUCCUUAGCUCAUUACGCUGGUAGCAUCGCCAUCCUGUACUACAGGGAGUAUUUGAAUGAGCGGGAUCCGAAACAGCAGAAAGUUACUUUGCAAACUGAUGCAGCUGAUCCAAGUUUGUUUUUGUUCUAGUUUCUUAAGGCGCUUUAGUUUAUCGUCUUUCUAACUUUAUCAUCAUCAUCAUCAUCAUCAUUCAGCGCUUCCACCCUGACUGGGUCUUGGCUGACUGUACCACUUUCCUCCAUCCGGCACAAUCUUCCAUCAAUCCAUAGUCCAUUGAAAUAUUAAUCUGCUCUGAUGUGGUUGGGACUUCUUCCCAUCUCAAUCUCACCAGUCGUUCCGCAUUAAACCUUUGGACGUGAGGUCUUCUAACUUCCUAGUUUAAAAUCAAUCAGCAUUUUUGAUCGAGGAAGGAAAUCGUUGCAAGGAUUGGCAUUAAAAUAUUUAUGGGCCUCACUUUCGCCAAUUUUAAAUCGUUAAAAGUCCCCAAUCAAAAAAAUUGAUGAAACGCAGCGGAAAUGAAUAGGAGCGAAGUUACAGUGUAGUUCCGGUGAGAGAUUCGAAACUUAUUUAUUACACAGGAUGUUCCGGCGGUGUGGGCAAUAAAAUAUUACUAAUAGA